UUAAGUCGACACUUGUAAAUAAAUACUGAAAAUUGAGAUAGUGAUUAUAUAGUGUUUUUUUCAGUCGUUGAUGGUAACUCAAACCAAAUAGUAUAUAAAUUUUUAAGUUUAACUUUAUUACGUCAUAAGAAAUGCAGAAUUCUGAUAAACAAUUAAUGGAUUCAAGCGCAACCCCCGUUAUUCAAAGAGUUUCACCUCGAUCAGCAACAGGAGCAUUAUCACCAUUAAACAAAGGUGCAAUCGAUUGGGGAUGGCAGUCUUUUGUUGCAUAUGGUUGCCACAAUUUUGUUGUUGUUGUAGAUACUCAGCAUAUGAAGGUUUUUCAAACCUUGGAGAACCAUAAACAUGACAUCGUAAAGGUGAAGUGGUCUAAGGAAGCCCACUACCACGAUCAGUGGUUUCCAUACAACCUAAAGUUGGCUUCUGCUGAUACUGGUGGUAGUAUUGUUAUAUGGAAUGUGGCUGAAGCAACAGUGAAGGCAUCAUUUUCUGAUGGAACCAGAGCUGUAACAGAUCUUGAAUGGCUGUCAGGAAAUGAUUCCUGUCAGAACUUCCUUGCAGCAUUGCAUCCUCCAUACUCGAUCAUCAUCUGGAACACGGAAACUGGAAGCAAGGUCUGGAAGAAAUCUUACACUGAAGUAUUGCUGUCUUUUAGUUUUGAUCCAUUUUGUGACAGUAAUGUUGUUUUUCUAGCAUCAGACUGCAUACUAUUUGUUGAUGACUUCAGUGUGUCUAAAGUGCCAUCUAGUAAUGGCAGAAAGUGCUAUAUAUCCAACCCAUCAACUAUGACAUCAAGUUUACAGUCUUUGAAUACAUUAAGUACUGGAGGUAGUAAUCGUAACAUUAGUGAAGAAAAAAGCAAGCCCCGCAGCCUUCUUCCACGAAGAAUGAAGUUUCUGAUUAGAGAAGAGUCAAAAAGUGGCUCAGAAGAAGCUAUUAGCUUGAAUGACUGUCUUCAGCUGGCUUUCCAUCCUGCUUAUCGACAUCACUUACUUUUAUUAUACCCUAAAGAAGUGUUAAUAUUGGACUUGGAAAUAAAUCAGACUAUAGGUAUAAUAGCAGUAGAAAGAAAUGGAGCAGCAGUAACACAGAUGUAUCCCUGCUGGCAGAGGGAAGCUGUAUUUUGUCUUCAUGAAACAGGAAGUGUUAGCUUACGAGUACGUCACAAAGGAACAUCACUUGCUUCUGUCUGUACACCUUCUGAAGAUACAGUCUCAGUUGGAUCUUUUGACAACACUGUGGAACUGUGUUAUGAUAUCCGCUGUCAGUCUGAUGCUUUACGUCUUACUAAACAUGCACGUUUGAUGGGAAUGGCUGUCUGUCCAAAAUCUGAGUGUAGAGUUGCGGUGUUAAUCAGUGAUGGGAGGCUCUUAAUUGUGGAAUUGAUCCCAUCUCAACAGAAAGUUGAUCUACCUGUUAAAGAGAAAGAAGAAUUAAAGGAAAGAGAGCGACCAACAAGCUGCUGCCAAUUGCCGUAUUCAUCUUCAGUUCCUUCACCUUGCUUGUGGUUGUCGGACAUGUUUGGAUCAUUAGUACAGAAUUUAGACCCAUAUUGUGACAAUGAAAAGGAUAUACUGCCAAAUUCAAUGUCAUUAAAGUUUCUUAUAACUGGAUAUCUUAAUGGGUUGGCACCACCACCUCAUGUCAUUCGCAUGUGUCCACCUGUUACCUUUCGCAACUGGACAGUCUACAAGCCAUUAAUGGCAAUAGGAAAUGCACUGGGAGGAGUACAGGUUUUCAAUAUGGCAACUGGAAUUAUUGAACGAGAAUUUAGCUUACUAACUGCACCUGUCAGAGGAAUUGAAUGGGUGAGCCUGACAGCAUUUUUAUCUUAUGCCUAUCCCAACAUGAUGGCUAGUUGUGGCAAAGUUCGUAAUGAACUUGUCCUAACAGAUGUGCAGUCAGGUCGAACAAAGGUGCUACGAAGUGAAAAAAAUGAGGAGUCUCCCAUUGAGAUGCUACGUGUGUCCUACAUGAAACAGUAUUUUAUCAUUGUCUUCAAAGAAGAACCUUGUGAAAUCUGGGACUUGAGAACAUUAUAUUUAUUGAGAAUCAUGCCCAAAACUUUCCCAACAAUCACUGCUUUGGAAUGGUCCCCAUUACACACCAAAAAACAUCACAUAAGUAAUGAAGUGGAUGGAAGUGAUAUUCAAGAUUUUAUGUCAUCAUUUUCAGUUUCCAGUAUUGUCUCUAAAUCAUCUGUAACUUCAAAGACCAUGGUCCUUACCCGUGAACACUUUGUCUUUACUGACACUGAUGGCCAACUGUAUCACUUUUCAGUGGAAGGAAACGUUGUACGAGAUGGUUCCAAGAUACCUCCAGAUGCUGGUAUGGGGACUAUAACCUGCAUAGCUUGGAAGAGUGACCACAUUGUUCUGGGUGAUGUUGAUGGAAACUUAAAUCUGUGGGAUUUAAAGAAUAAGGUUUCCAGAGGAAUCCCCACACAUCGAGGGUGGAUAAAGAAGAUUAGAUUUGGCCCUGGUAGAGGUAACCUAAAAGUAUUGGUGCUAUUUAAUGAUGGGGUGGAUCUCUGGGAUAUCAAAGAGGCUCAACUAAUUAGCCAGACAAAAUGUGCAAAGGACAGGCCAAAGGUUCAAGACAUAGAUUGGGCUGGGUCUGAUAGACCUGUAUUAGCAACAGCAGAUGGAUGUUUUAAGAUCACUGAUAUUAACCUGAAAGUUUGCUCUUCUCCACUUCAAGACCAUCACCCAACAGAACUUCCACUCAGCCUUCACAUGUUGCCAGUAAAACCUGCUUUUCACUUCAAGAGUCUUCUUCAGCAUCAGCCAUGGCAAGAAAGUUACACACUCAGCAUCAAAGAAGAGGAUGGGUUUAGUCCAGAUGAAGUUAGCAUUCUUCAGAAGCAGAUAGAAACAAUUGAUUUGGAAAUCCAGGAAUACUUAAAGCACUGCCCAUUUGGAAUAGCUGAACGUUGUUUACUAGUGGCUAGGUUAAUUGGAGACAAGGAAGCCUAUCAGUUCUGGAAAGUAGCUGUACAUUAUUUGAAGCAAGAAGAAUUAGCAUUGGAAGUAAAGACUUCAGAUAAACAAGAAGAGAAAGACUUACUGGAACUUAGUGGAGAUACAUUUAAACCAAGACAAAAACAAAGCUGUAUAGAUAAUCAAAAUAUCUUGUCUCCCUUCAACGAAGAAUACUUGGACACUUGUUUUGACACCAUAUGUGAUAACCAUGUAUAUCAGAAACUUCAACUUGAGAGGCUGCUUCUCCAUGAUUCCAAAAGAACAACUCAUAGCCAGAGCAGGAAAUGUGCAGAACAGUUUUUACUUCUUGGACAGACUGAUCGAGCUGUUCAGUUGCUUCUAGAGGCUGAAACAGGACAGGAACACUAUUAUGUGGAUAGUCUGAGAGCCUGCUUGAUUGCUACCAUUCGUUCGUCUGGAGCUUCCCAGUCGGUGAUCAAGUUGGUUGCUACAAAUCUUAUUGCUAGUGGUGCUAUUUCAGAAGGAGUAGAGCUGUUGUGCUUGAUUGAUAAGGGGAGUGAUGCAUGUCGAUAUCUGCAAGCAGCAGGCCAAUGGGAGAAAUCAGUUCGAUUAGCCAAGGUCAUACUUCCUUACACAGAAUGCCAGGAAGUCCUAAAACGAUGGACAGAUUAUCUUUGCUCUCCUCACAUGAAUCAAAAGACUAAAGCUCUUCUUGUUCUUCUGUCAAUGGGACAGUUUGAGAAAGUGUUGGAAAUGCUUCGUACUUUCCGGAUGACAGAGAGGGCAGCACUAUUCGUGCAAGCGUGCCAAGAAUUUGGUGCUAUAAAGAAGAAUGAACAAACUGUAGACAUUAUUGACACAGUGCUACUAGACUAUGCUCGUUACUUGCUAUCUGUGAACAACCGUCGGGGAGCACUGCAUUAUUGUGAGAUGGUUGGAGAGAAAGGGAAAGACUUGAAGAAAGAGAUUGAAUACUUGUGUGAAGAGCAGUAACAGAGUAUUAAUAAAAACAUUCUUUUAAGUUUGUAAUUAAAAGUUUUGUUGUGAUUAGAAAACAAUCCACUAAUGAAAUAUAUUGAAAGAAAUAUAAAACAUAUUAACUUAACUAUUAAAAAUAUCUAUUCAUAAUUAUUAUUUGUGACAUGCAAUAUAAGUGAAAUAAGGAGCUGUAGGUAUAACCUAAUGUUGAUUUGUUUCAAAAAGUUGUUUUACUUCAAAAUUAAACGAAUGGUCUUUGUAAACAGCAUGAAAUCUACCAUAAAAGAUCAGGAAAAAUAUACUGCUGCUACUCAGCAUUUCACUUUACAGCUUCUUCUCCAGCUGAUAGUACUAGGCUUGAAGUUAUUUAACAUUAUCAGAAUAUUAAUAUAGUUUCAUGCACUUAUUUGUAUGUGUGUGUGUGUUAUAUUGCUGUUAGUCUUCUGUUAAUAUUUUCCAUAGUCACUCUUCCGGGGUCCGAGGGGAACCUGUCAUAAAAAAUGAUUUAAAAAUACUUAAAUAGUAAUAAUAGUAACUAUUAUUUUGAAAACAAAAAAAACACUAACACUCAAAAUAUUUUCUUUUACUGAUCAAUAAAUGAACAUUGAAUAUUACAACUUGUUUCUUUUUUACCACCUAAACUAAGUGUAACAACUGAACAUCUGUAACAACUAGCUGAAUAUCUGUUAUUUAAUUGCACUAUUCUGUAAUAUUUCAAAAAUGUAAUGUUCAACAAUAAUUACACUUGUACAAGUUUGCAUAUUGAAGUAUUUUAGGAUAUUCUGAAGUAGUGAAACCAGAUUAAGCCUAGUGCUGUCAUUUUGAAAAUUUGUGUAGGGCACUCCCAAAGUAGCUGUAAAGUGAAUCAUUGAGUUAAUGCAGUGAAACCUCAUUAAUCCAAAUAUUUGUAAAGAACUAGUUCUUGUGGAUUACCAAGACAUCAGAAUAAUCUAGCCAGUCACUUUGAAUACAGUGAACAUUAUCAUGCAAAGGUGCAAACUAAUAAGAGUGGGCAUGAACUGGUAAACAAAAAGUAACUGUCUGUGAAAUAAACUUAUCAGUCUAUUAUUUUAUACAUCAUCAAUAAUUGUACAAGUUACAUGAUCAAGGUGUCAUGUUAUUAUUUUUACAUGUUAAUGUGGCUUUCAUUUAGGUUUCUUAUAUAAAAAUUCAUCACAUUUCAAUUAUGUGUAUAAUUAUAUGCAUCUUUGUUUUGGAGCACUGUGAGUUGAGGUGACUGUAGUAUAAAUCACUCUGAUGACCUCUCGAUACCUGUUAUAGUUUAUAUGUAUAUCCUUACUGUGAAGGUCAUUCUUAGAAGGACUGUCAUAAAAAGGUACCCAUUUCAAAUGUAGGGGUUUUUGAUCAGUAAUAAUCUCCUAAUUUCCUGUUCUGAUCGACUCCUAUUUGGGUCUUGUGGAGUUACUUAUUCAUACAAAAUGUAUGUUUGUUAUGAGAAAUAUUUGUUCGGAUUUAGAACGUGAAUUUAUGUAUUUUUGACUAAAUUUCCUCUUGCAAAGAUUGUCGUACGAAAGAUCAUCUGAAUUGUGAAAAAUCUGGAAUGUCAUUGUUUGUACUAAUGAGGUUUCAGUGGAUAGAAUUUUUUCUAAACUCCCAUGGUCAUUUUCAUACUUUUUAUUAUGUCACCAUUACUUCAAUUAGCAUUGUGUAAGUUUAAUUGGUCUUUGUAUCUACUUUGACACUCAAUUUCCACAAACUGAAUGCUUUUAGAACAUUCCAUUUUAUAAUGUAAAAUGUUUUUCUAGUAUGUUUCUUUUGUUUAUAGAACAUGUGGAUAUUUGUAAAAGCAUAUUUUUAUUAAACAUUUUAUUCCAUACUGCAUCAAGUUUAGCUUAUACCAGAAAUUGUCUUAUGCUUUAAUGUUGAAAUAAAUCACUAUUUAGUUCUUCUUAUCUCUCUAUCAUUAUUAGCACACCAUUUGUUUCACCUUUAUAAUAUUUUUUAUGGUUUUUCAAAAUUAAAUGACCCAUAUAUCAACUGUGGAGUUAUUGUUUGAGAUAAUGCAGCAGCUCUCCACCAAUAGAAGUGUUACACAACCCCUAUCGUAACCAGCACUCAUUAAUUACUUGUCGGUUGGCAAUAAUACUGUACAGACAUGCUUGUUUUUGCUCGCAAAUUUUUUGAUGUUUUCAUUUAUGAUACAGACUUAGGUUUUUCUUUACUAUGUUUUUGUUAUUUCUUUAUUUGCAGGGUCCUCUUUGCUAGUGUAUUGUGAAUCCCACUCUGUGGCAAGUGGUGCCUGACCGGUAUAUUUUUUUUGAACAUCUGCACUGUCCAUCCUGUGACCAUUAUCAAUGUCAUUUACGUUGUAGCUAUUCCUACCUUGGACCUGAUGUACAAUUCCAGAUGUUGCCAGGUCUUGGUUGUGUGUCUCCGUUCAAUUGUCAUCUAUGCCAAAACAGUUACGUUGCAGGAUUAGGUUAUGCACACCAUAGAGAUGGGGUGUUCUGUAGGAUUGCUAGUAGUUCUCUCUAUUGGUCUUUUGCUUCAUAAAUAUGUUUGUCUCAGACUGUACACUUAUGGACAUGCAUGAGUAAAGCAGACAGGGUUUGCUGCCCAUCUCUGAUGCUCCCUGGCAUUGAGACUCUUCCUACCGCUGACCUGAUGUACAAUUCCAGAUGCCACUAGGUUUUGGUUAAUAAACUCUGUCGACAUGGUAGCUCUGCUUUUCAAAAUAAGAUAUCGAGGUCACCUGUUGCAUUGUCUCUGGUGAUGUGGUCCUUUGGACUCUGUAAUGUGUUUUCCCUCCUUUUUUUCUAGUGGAGCAUGUGAGUUCUUGCCACUUACCAGUUUCUAGCUACUGGGGUGGUGGACCAUGGAGGUCUGUCUUCUUGAGUGAUGCAUCAUACCACUCGGAUGAGAGUAGGGCAGUGGCAUUCUAUGGGUAUUGAUGGCAUAUAGCAAUUCUUACCUCAUACCUCAUGUACAAUUCCAGAUACCUCCAGGUUUUGGUCAUAGCACUAUACUGUAGUAAUGUCUAUAUAUCUGACAGAUUGCUUUUCCAGCCUUGGCAUUCCUCCUUCCUGCUAUCCUCCAGAUGUACAUUCCUGGUAGAUCUGGUGCUUGUUAGAGAUGGCCCGGGCACAAUUAGAAUCAUAUGUCAAUAGUAUGAUGUCCUUCAUACUGCAGACCUGAUGUACAAUUCCAGAUACCACCAGGUUUUGGUUGAAGCACCUUGCCACAUCACUACUAUAUAUAUAUAUAUUGCAGUUUGCCCCUCAGGGUGAGACAUUCCUCUUACCUACCAUCCUCAGGGUUAGGUUCUUGGGGGAACAAGUGUUGGUUGGAGAUGGUCCAGCUAAGUAAGUCCUUGCAUAUUUUCUGGCCGGUAUCCCUCCUUCUACUAGAGACUGGAUGAAAAAUGCCCAAUGUCACCAGGUUUUGGACUGGAGAUGCACCCCAUGUUUGCAGUCCCUCUUCCUACUGUCUGCUGGAUAUCAGUUCCCGAUGGAUCUGGUGUUGGUUGUAGCUGGAUGCAGCUCAUGUAUUCCCAUUUGAGUACAGCCGGAUAUUCUCUUCCUGUUGUGACAUGGAAGAACCACACCCAAUGCUACCAGGUCUUGGACCAGAGAUGCACCCCAUAUUUGCAGUCCUUCUUUCUACUGUUUGCUGGAUGUUAAUUUCCAAUGGAUCUGGUGUUGGUUGUGGAUGGAUGCAGCGCAUGUAUUACCACUUGUGUACAGCUGGAUAUUCUCUUCCUACAGUGGCCCAGAAGAACCAUACUCAAUGCUGCCAGGUUUUGGACCAGAGAUGUCAUCCAGUUGGGGCUUUCCUCCUUCCUACCAUCUGCUGCAUGUUGGUUUGUGGUGGAUGAGGUGUUGGUUAGAUUGGAAAUGCUUACAAGUGGAGACAGACUUUGGUAUGGAAGCUUAUCUUCCCUACCAAUUUUAAGGUGAAGAGGUAGGUGAUUCUCUGCCUACUGUGGAACUGUUGUACAAUUCCAGAUUCCACCAGGUGUUGGAUGAGGUUGAAUUACAACUAUGGUCUAUCACAUCCUAGCUACUCAACACCAGGUGUCCCAUUACAUAGUAAUAUGUAUUAUCGGAUUCCCUCAUUUUUUUCUGCCUUUUAUGUUUACGACACAGUCAUAAAAGAGUGAAGAGUAUACCUGGAUAAGAUGUGGUGUGGUCUACUGCUGAGGUGUGAUAUUUUCUCUUUUUUUUUGGUUCCACACCUCAUGGUCUUUCUUUGGGCUCUUCCUAGAAGGGAAUCAUUUUUUCACCAGCCUUCCACCAGUUCAAUGUGGGAUUGGAUAUCGUAUUGGAAGUUAACAUUUUUCUAAAUUGAAAAUGUAUUUCCAAUAGAUACUUACCUCCUAUCACGUUUUCCACCCAGCCUCCUCACUUCCAGUGACACGUGGUGUAGGUCUUCUGACCAAUCUCGAAGUGAUUAAUAAGUGCAACUGUGGAAAGAGCUCUGGUUAUGAUAGGGGUUGUGUCAUGCUCCUAUUAGUGGAGAGCUGCUGCAUAAUCAUUUACAUGUGGAUAUGCAGAAGCGAGAGGUGGAAGGCUAGUGGCAAACAUAGAAAAUUUGUGAGUGGAGGUAAGUAUCUGUAGGAAAUAUACAUUUUCAGUUUAGGAAAAUGUUAACUUUCUUUUAGUAGCUGCACAACAAUAUUUACUUUUAAAUGUCUAAUAACAAAAAAGUUAACCAACUCGAUAACAUUCUCUGGUAUCAAGCUUUCCAGAAGCCCUGCUUUUUCAUACUCUUUUGUUACUCCCCAUAAUUGUUCUUCAUUAAAAAAAAUUAUCCUAUUAUCAGUAGUUUGUUUUUGUUGUUUCCUGGGUAAGGAUAUUACUGCAUAUGUUCUAAAUUUUUGUUUGUUUGCCAGUAUAUUACUUUCAUUAGCAAUAAAAUAAAAAAGCUUGUGUUUUAUCCUGUGAUUUGUAACAUCAGUUUAAAUAAACAGAGAAGAAUGAAAA